AUGCAAAAUUCGCCUCCGAGUACCUCGAAAAUGAACGAGAGUUUAACAGGAGAACAAUUGAACAGGUAUUUUUUUCCCCCUUUUCUUCUCUUUUCUCUUUGAAUUGUGAUAUAGAUGCCUUUUUAAUGAUUGAAUGAGAGAUUUAUUGCGAUCUUCAAAGAUCUAACAGGAAACGGCAUUUACGUUUUUUUGACUUUUUUUUAGGGCUCUAGAAGUUUUUUGUUGCACUCUGAACAAUCUUGAUAGUUUUUCAGCAGUCUUUUUUCUUUCUUUUUUUUUCUAGAAAUCAAGGUUUUAAAUUAAUUAUGACAAAAAAAGAGCGCUUUCCUCUCCAUUUUUUUUUAAUCUUCGAAAAGGGUGGAACUGUUUUCUCAUUCAGUUUUUUUUAGGUUUCUAUGUAAAUAUUCUGACGAUGAAAUUUGCAUUCUCGACUGUCGUACCAACGGCGCUACGAUAAAAAGAGCAAUACGGUAUUUUUUUUUCUUCUUCUAUGAAAUAAUCUUGGUAGUUUUCAGUGUUCAACUUCCGAAUGUUCUUUUGCGCCGUUUAUUAUCUGAAUCCCUCCAACUGACCAAUGUUUCUCCGAAACUGCAGGUAGUGAAAAAGAAUUUUUUGUCUUGAUAUAAAUCAGAAAAAAAUUAUUCCAAGUACAACUCCUGGUUUUCUGUUAUAUUAAUGAAGUUUGAAAAAACAUUCAAAAAGUGUUUUAGCCAUUUUUUUAUAGCCUUUUACUGUCUUCUCAAGUUUUUUUAUUUUAUCGAAAUCAUAAACUAAUUAAUUCUCUAUUGGUUUCUUCGAACAUAAAUUUUUAUUUUCAUUUAUUUUUUGGUUUAGUGAACUAAUUCCUAUUCUUAACAGAUUUUUUGCCCAGAAACGGGUCGCUUGAUUUGUAUUGUUUUUGUAAAGAUGUUUGGUCUUAUUGGUCUUAUCUAACCUCACCUAUAACAUAAGAAAAAAAUUUUUGAAACAUACGUGUUCGACUAAAUAAAAAUUUUCUCUAUACAAAAACAUGUUUUUCAAGUUUUGAAUGUUAAGGACCCGGCUGGAGUGAAGGUUGUCGUGAUUCCGGGAGAAAAUUCGACCGACGCCUCUGCCUCCAGUGCUCUGAUCAACUCUUUGCGCCGUGAAGAGUUCGAUUUUCACGUCCUUGCCGGUAUUUUAUUUUUGUUUUAAACUUGGACUACUUUUAUCUUGUAGGUUGUUAGAGUUUUUCUUGAUUCCUUUUGUGUUGUUAUGAAUCAACCCUCAUUCGAAACAGGCAAUUUUUUAGAAUGUUCAGCAGAAAGUAAACAUCCACCUCUCCUUUUCUGUUUUUUUCUAUUAAUUUUAUUAAAAAACGAUCAAGUCGCCAGUUCUCAUUUUUUUUGUUAGCCGGAGCAAUUGAAUAUUAAAAAUUUUUUUCUGUAAAUGUCUAAAUUUCAACGAGUUUUUACAGAUAUAUUUUUUUCCAAUACUUUAUAAUCAGAUUUUUUUGAGCUUUGAUGUCUUUUUUUAUUCGCCAAGAAACCCAUAAAAAUGUGUCUGCUGAAUAUUUCUAUUUUUAGAAAGAAUGGAAAAUGUCCUCGCAAAGUUCCCGCAGUUGAGGGACUCAAAAGGACAAGAAAACAACGCCUCGACGUCUUCUGAUCAGAAGACGUCGGCGAAGGCGACGAGCGAUCGCGGAGGUCCGCCGCUCGGGUUCCUCGAUUUGGGGUUCGCUUUCUUUCUUUUUUCUCAGUUUGAAAGUAUCUUUGCGUUUGUGUUUUCCUGAUGACAAUAAGGAAAUUUUGGGCGGUUAAGGAGUUUAUUUUUCUAAAUAAAAUUUCUGUUUGAUUUGCCUUUUUUUUGUUUUGUUAGUAUCCUUUUUUGCGACUUUGUUUAUAAAAAAGUACACGAAAACAUUCGAAAUUAAAAUUUUUUGCAAAUUACAUUUAAUUUUCAUAAAUUUAGUUUUUUUCAUUAUGUUUUCGAGGUAUUUUCUUCAAAAAAGACGUUUUUUAGAAACCUGCGCCUUCAGUCGGACCCUCGAAACGCGGACAAACCUCGCGCGGAGUUUCCUGUCGAGAUUCUGCCCUACCUUUACCUGGGCAACGCUGAGACGGCCUGCAAUCGCGAGCUCCUCGACAAGUUCGUGGACCCUCCCCCACGCUGAUCUGAGGUCAAACUACAGACAUUCCAUCACCUUCAUCAUCAACGUGACGACCAACCUGCCCAACGAGUUCGAGGACGACCCCCGAUUCCACUAUCUCCGCAUCCCCGUAGACGACAGCAGCGCUCAUAAUCUCACCAAAUAUUUCGCCGGUCCGUUUAAACUCAAAAGCUUGUGAUGAGCAGGGUACCGGGGAGCGGUCAAAUUGUCGAAAACAUCCCUUUUUCUCAAUUCUUUUUCACCCAGUUUCUACUUUUUUUUUACUUAAUUUCAACUUUGCGCCCUGGUUCUGUCAAUCUCAGUGAAGUUUUCUCGCGAAAAAUAGUUAUAAUCUGCUUGAAAGUUUUGUCAAGAAAUCAUAAGUUUCACUAGAAGUUACGUUGAAUUUUCGGCCCAUUUUCAUUAAGCUACCGAUUAAAUAGUGUUAAUCCGUGCCAUAUACUGUGCGCCUGGCUGAAUAUUUUGAAAAUUUGAAAUUUAAAACCAGAAAAAAAACUUGAUGGAACACCGACUUUUGAAGUGCUCAAGGAUAAUCCACAUUUGGAGGCUUUGCUUUUUCUUCUUUUUUUUAAUUUGCAAGCCUUUUAGUACUAUCAAGAUGAUCAUUUCAGUGUUAAGUUAGAACUUUUCUUUAUGAAUUAGUUUUUUUAAGAGUCCAAAAAAAUUUUUUUGAGAGAUAAUUUUUUUGAGAGAUUAAAGGUCCAAAAAUUUUUGAGAGAUUCCGAUUGAUCAAAAUUUCUUGGUUUCGGUUUUUUAGUAUUAAGGAGAAAAAAAUAAGAAUAUUUUCAUGCCUCGAAAAAGCCACGAUAAGCUUCAAAAGACGAAACACCGGCUUAGUUCAUUUUCGUUCCUCUUCCAGAAGCCAACGCGUUCAUCGAGGCGGCCAAGGAAUCCGAAGCGGCGUGUCUCGUCCAUUGCCUGGCCGGCAUCUCCCGCAGCGUCACGAUUUGCCUCGCCUACAUAAUGAGCACCAACAGGUUUCCCAUUCGCGUAGAAUCAGCCAAUAAAUUCGUUCAGCUACACUUUGGAAGACGCCUACGACAUGGUCCAACACAGAAACGCCAGCAUCGCCCCAAACUUCCAUUUCAUGGGGCAACUCAGCGAUUAUGAACGCCAUUUGGGACUCAGGAGCAGUGGAAUCGGCGUAAGUGGAUAGGAAAAGUUGAAAAGCCUAGCUUUACUCAAGGAAACAUUUGUCUCAUCUUUGUUGAAUUUUGAAAACUAAUGCCGUGUUCAAAGGGAUUUCGCGAUACUCGAUUUAGCCUCUAGAGGGUGAGAUAGAUAACAUUAUUAUAGAGAGUCAGAGAUAGUUUUGAGUUCCGCGGAAAUCGUUUUGAACGCGGCAAAAAGUUCUGCAACAUCCAGAAAUUCAACUACAUGUGUUCCCGUUGAACCGUGGUUCUAUUGCUGCGAAUAUUUCAUAGAUUAAGGCGCUUUUUCCGGUGACAAGGAUGAAUUUUCAUAGAUCAAAUGUGAUUUCCACGAUCUAGUUGAAGUUAUAAUAAAAAUUUAUCUCAAAGUACCGAUAAACGAAUGUAAAUAUAAUCUCUUUCGAUAUAAAAAAAGGUUCGAAAAAGUCAUUAUGAAUCAUCAUGGGAACAAUUUUUCUUGCUCUGGCGAGCUUUAGGGUAAAAAACUUGAGUAAAAAGUGUGCAAAGUGCAUUCUGAACGAAAAGUCCAAUGUUGACUUUAUUCAUUAAGUUGUGCACUAUUUUCGAUCUCAAAAAGCCUUAACUUUGCAAAAAAGGUCUAAUCUCUUGUCAUACAAGAAGCUUCAUUUCACUCGAAACUUCAGGAUUUAAAAAAUCACGAGAAAAACUUUGUGAACCAAAUAAGAACCAGCUUCACUUAAAAAAAAAAUGAACCUUCAGAUUACCAUUUUCUUGUGAUGGAUGGAGAAGUUUUUUUCACAAAAUGAGAAAUUUCGGCUAGGAAAGGUUGUCGAUGCUGUUCAUAGAGAGGUUUUUGUCUAAUUUUUGAAAAAUUCGAGAAUUUGAGAAUCCCGAGUGAAAUUUUCUAUGUCAAACUUUCUAUUUAACGUUUUUGAGAUCCUAUUUAGUCGUUUUUUUUCUCUAUUCCCCUGUUUAGCUCUUGUGUACGAGGAAAUUAACAUUUUUCUUUGAUUGAUUUUUGAAGUCUUCAAUGAGGAUGGAUAUCUUGCAGACGUAUCCAUCGAGUGCCCCCCGGUCGCCUUGCGCGGUCGAAGCGGCCGCUCUUCUGACGCCGCCGCCGACGAGUUGCUCGGCGUCAUCCCAGGGAUCGGCCCAUUCCGCCAAAUCUUUCCGUUGA